AUGGAAGUAUUCACAUUCGUUCUCCGCAAAUCCGGCGCCGAGUGGACUGUGAAGCAGCACUCUGGCGACAUCGAGGACUCCGCCUCCUCCACCUACGACCUUCAACGCAAGCUCGUCAAUGCCGCUCGCGCCGCUGAUUCCUCCGGCGCCGUUCAGUCCUCUUUCUCUUUCGUUUCUCCCUCCUCUGCUGUCUUCCAAGUGGUUGUGGGUGGUGCAGUCUUCGUUGGAGGUGGUGCUGUUGCUGCUGCUCCUGCUGGCUAUGCUGCUUACUACCAUCCUAGACCGGAGGGGACGGCGUGGCUGAUGAGGAAGACGGCACGGCACUGCGAAGAAGAAGAUUGCGUUGGGGUUUCUUUCCAGUUGUAA